GAAUUCUAUAGGAGGCUGGCUCAGAAUACAAGGUGCUCAAUGUAUAACCCAAAAAAAAAAAAAGGAAAAGGAUCUUUUUGGUUGAAUAAGGAGUUUUCUUGAGGAGAUUUCACCUAUGACAAUGUUACCUGAACUGGGAAUAGUGGAGGAUCCUGCCUUUCUUCAUCAAUGGCAAUUGAACUCUCUGGAAGAUCCAAGCUUAUUUGAAGAGACCUUACAACAACAUUCAUUCUCUAACCUAAACCCAACAAUGUUCAAUCCCAAAACGUCCAUGGAAACUACACUUUGUAGCAUUGAAAGGCCCCAGAAACAGUUCAAACCCAACAAUAAUUGGAGCCCCAACACAAGUGAUCAGAACCAGACGUUAGACACAGACUAUGAUUCUUGUUCCAAUCUUCUUUCCUUUGUCAAUUCAAGUUACAUAAGCCAAUUCGGGACAUUGAUGAAGCCUAAGGACCAGCAGACACCUUGUCCUGAAAUCAACAGUACAAUCCCCUCAGACAUGUUGGUCUCUUAUGGAUCCUUGGGAAAUCAGAACCUUGUCUUCAAUGCAGGACAAGAUCCCAGAAAAAUUGGAACAAGUCCUAAACUUUCUCAACCUCAAGACCACAUAAUCGCUGAGCGAAAGCGACGAGAAAAGCUCAGCCAACGGUUCAUAGCUCUAUCUGCUCUUGUACCUGGCCUCAAAAAGACAGACAAGGCUUCUGUUCUUGGAGAUGCUAUAAAGUAUUUGAAGCAAUUGCAAGAGAAGGUUAGGCUCCUUGAAGAGGAACAGAGUAGAAAGAGCACUGUGGAAUCUGUGGUGGUUGUGAAGAAAACUCAAAUAUUAGCCAAUGAAAGCCAUUGUUCUUCAGACUCUGGUGAUCACAGUGAGGAGCCAUUACCAGAAAUUGAAGCCAGAAUUUGUGAAAGAAACGUCCUCAUAAGAGUUCACUGUGAGAAAAGAACACAAGUGAUAGAAAAAACAGUCAGUGAGAUAGAGAAACUCCAUCUGAUAGUCACAAGUACCAGUGUCAUGACAUUUGGCAGUUCUGCUCUUGAUAUAACCAUAAUCGCUCAGAUGGAUAAGGACUUUUGCAUGACAGUGAAGGAGCUUCUGAGAAGCCUACGCUCAGCUUUUGAAUCUUUCAUGUGAAGAAGUUGCAUGUCCAGCUCAUACUGAAAGCUUCAGAACAAGAAAAGUUAUAUACAGACAAUAUAUAUACAUGUGUGUGUAAUCUAUAUAUAGAAGUUCAAC